GUAACCUGAAGGCCCACCCACUCCUCUGGUGCCGACUCCUGCCUAUCGAUCCCGGCACACGUCACAUGCAGCAGGAAGUGACCCGGUGGUCGGACAGAGAGUCUUAAACACGGUACCAGUCAACUGCCUCAGAGACAACACCGUCAUGCCUCUGCGGGUUGUAAUGCCGGGUCCCGGGCCCUGGGGGUUCAGGCUGGUCGGGGGAAAGGACUUCGAGCAGCCGCUGACUAUUUCCCGGGUGACCCCAGCGAGUAAAGCCGCUCAGGCCAACCUGUGCAUCGGGGACAUGAUCUUGGCCAUCGACGGAGAGCCGACGGAGGGCAUGACUCAUUUGGAGGCGCAGAACAAGAUCAAGGGGUGCAUAGAGGAGAUGGUGCUCUCUGUAGACAGGUCAGAAAGCAAAAUGUGGUCCCCGCUUUCGUCCGAGGAAGGGAGGACACAUCCGUACAAGAUGAAUCUUGCAUCGGAGCCUAAGGAGGUGAGGCACAUCGGCUCCACCCACAACAGGAGCGCUCUGCCGUUCGCUGGGUUCGGCUCCAAGGUGGUGACCAACCAGUACAACAGCCCCUCCGCUCUGUACUCCUCAGACAACAUCAAGGACUUCAACUCGGCCGUGGACGAAGUCCAAACCCUCGCCGCUGCCAACGAGCCCCACAACAAAGCUCCAUCAGAUCUUUCUCAGUCGGGCAAGCGUCCGCCCGUCGCAGCAGACUCUGAGGUUUACAAGAUGCUGCAGGAGAACCAGGAGUCUGUCGAGCCGCCGCGGCAGUCCGCUUCAUUCAAAGUGCUGCAGGAGAUCCUGGAGACGGGUGACCCUGAUAAGCCGUCGGGGUUCAGGAGUGUGAAACCGCCCGCCACAAAGGUGGGAUCAUCUGUAGGGAACACGGAGAAGUUGCCCACCUGUGACAAAUGUGGUUCGGGGAUCGUGGGGAUGGUGGUGAAGCUGAGGGACAAGUUCCGUCACCCCGAGUGCUACACCUGUACGCACUGCAACGUCAACCUGAAACAGAAGGGACAUUUCUUUGUGGAAGAGCAGAUUUUUUGUGAGAAGCACGCACGCGAGCGAGUGACUCCGCCAGAGGGCUACGACGUGGUCACCGUCUUCCCCAAGUAGAGCACCGCCUCGGACGGCACGCCAUUGUAGGACGCCGUGACAUCAUCCAGGACUUUCCGACUUCCAAGGCUUGCUAAUCCUGAGACCCUUAAGUGGGCUUCUCUUGCAUACUGCUUCAGUACAGUCAUUGGUAGGCAAGACACAUCUGUGUAAAUGUUUUUUGCACGUUGACUUUGGCAUCUGCAAAAGGAAGUUGAUUGAUUUGAUACUAUGAAAUGAUGCCAUUCAUUUAUUCUCUCCCUAAAUAGUUUUUUUUUUUUUCAUUUGUCAGCUGAUGAACAAAGACAAAUAUCACAUGAACACAUGUUCAGUGUGUUCUCUUGAAUUGUAAAAACAAAGGAAAGCCACACCUUUUUACCCCAUGAUACAUGUUUUCUACUGUUUUAUUCAUUAAAUAGACCUAAAAAAAACAUUUCAAUAUCAUUACCAAAAUAAAUAUUUUUAGCUUAAA